UACCUGUGACCCCGAGCCAUGUCCUGCUGCCAGCCCUGCAACCCUUGCUCCCAGUCCUGCGGCCCCUGCCCGCUGGCCAGCAGCUGCAAUGAGUGCUGUGUCAGGCAGUGCCAGAGCUCCCAUGUUGUCAUUGAGCCGCCUGCUGUGCUGGUGACCCUGCCCGGUCCCAUCCUCAGCUCCUUCCCACAGAACACCGCCGUGGGAUCCUCCACCUCUGCUGCUGUUGGCAACAUCCUCAGCUCUGGUGGGGUGCCCAUCAGCUCUGGGGGCUUUGACAUCUCCAGCAUCACCAACUGCUAUGGUGGCAGCAGAUGCCGUCCCUGCUAAAUCUGUUGGCAAAGUCUUCCUGCAUGAACCUCCAAGACCUCAGAACAUGAUUCUGGGCAGAACAUGAUUCUGGGCAGAAGAUAGAGCUUCUGGACAUUCUCUUUACAGUUUUGGGAUGAUUUCUUUCUCCUACUAUUCCAUCUUCUUUCUGUGAUGUCCAUGGUCCCCAGGCCAGCCCUGGGCACCUGUUUGCCUCUCUUCCUCUUUAGCGCAGGCAGAUGGACACCCUGCAGGAGCUCCACUGCAUCUAAGUGGCUGCUCUUGGUGCUUUCUGUGAGCCAUGUCCUUCUCUUGAGACUCAAUAAAGAACU